UGGUCAUCAGGAACCGAAAAUGUCAAGGUCGUGUCCAGAUGGCUGAGCUCACUCUCGCCAAGUAAACAACUUUUGCUGAUCAGUGGCUCGGCGACUGGUAGUGAAUUAAGUAACAAGACGAUGUAUCCUAACUUCUUCCGGGUCAUUCCUUCUGACAGCACGCAAGUAAAGGUGCUGCAUCAGCUGCUGUUAAAACUGAAAUGGAAUUACGUGGCUAUCGUCUAUGAUGACGACAACUAUGGUCGCCCGAUGGCACUUGAACUCCGACAUCUCUCACAAGAGACAGGUAUCUGUGUACCGGUAUUCGUCAGUCUUCCUCUUGACUCCCGCUCAGUGUCAUUUGAGACAACCGUUGCAAACAUCGUUGAACAGAUGAGAAGUCCUUCAAAUGGACUUGUCCGGGGAAUCGUAAUUCUGGGAAGUACGUCCACCAUGAACAGACUGAUCAAGAAGAUCGGCGAUACCAUAAAAUACGUGAACCUUGUCCUCUCUGAAACGGUGGCCUUGCAGCAGACGAACCUACAGACCCCCUCGGGGCAGCUGAUAUCCAUUGCACGUGGCGCGCUUGUGACGUCACCGAUGUACUUCCCGUUGCCGGAGUUCGGCUCAUUUUGGACAGAACUUUGGACGAAUCGAACACUUUUCACUGAAUACGCAACAAGGAUUCCUUGGCUUGCUGGAUUCUUUAACCAGGCGAUUGGCUGCGACAUCAAACAGUCUGGAUGUUGGGAGAGUAAUAAAGAUUUUAUUUCAGCUAGCUUCGGAAAGAUAAGCAGGGAGAGUGUGAGUCUAUUUACUGGGUAUCAAUUGAAAGCGGCGGCAAUGAUGGCUGCUCUUUUAAAGCAAGAACAGGCAAGACAUUGCCCCACAUCCAAUCUGGGGUUGUGUUCGGAGUUCACGUCGUUCCUUAAAACUCGAACCGCUCUCAUAGAUGUUCUACGGAACUCUACACUGUCUUUACGAGAGUUUACACCAGAAAUGUCAUACUUAGGCAACGACACGGAGUUUCAGUUUGAUGAAAAUGGCGACCUCACUAGGAAGAAGGGAACUACUGAUUACACGGUCUACAAUCUGCGACGAGAGAACACCGGAGAUUUCACUUUUAAGCAGGUCGCUUCAUUCACGGAGGGAGAGCUCGUCAUUCAGGAGUCGGACACAGCCUUUUACAGUGAAGAUGGGUCACCUUUGACCUGGUCACACAGACCGCUCUCUCAGUGUGACGUCGACCAUGACUGUCUUCAGUGUGAGAAUGACGUGGCUGAUGAUGUAAUCUUUAUGGAAGGAGAUCUUUACGUCAUUGGCAUGCUGUCAAUACACGAUCAGAACACUCAUUCGCCACUUCAAUGUGCCGCCAUUAAAACACUAGCAGGCGCGGAUUUAGCGGAGGCUCUGGUAUUUGCAGUGAAACAAAUAAACAAAAAGGAAGGAAUGUUUAAGGACAUCUUGCCAGGACGUAAGAUUGGUUUCCUGCUGAUAAACACCUGUAGUAGUCCACUGCUCGCCCGACAGCGCCUUCUGGACCUGCACACUGGUCGUCUGGUGCUGCCUGAUGGCAGCAUGCGCAAUAGCAGCGUCAUAUUGCCUUAUAUUAUGGGAUAUGUAGGCGCUUAUGCCAGCGGAGACAGCAUGGCGGCUGCUGACACUCUUACAAAUAUUGGCACACCUUUUGUUCAGGUAAGUCCUGCCUCCACCUCUCCUCUUCUUAAAGACAGAUCUACGUACCCCUACUUCAUGCGUCUAGUGCCAUCAGAUGAUAUUCAAGCCCGCGUUUUGCUAAACGUUGCCGUCAGGCUUAACGCCAGUUACAUUCAGAUAAUGUACGACAAGACAGCUGUAUACGCUCAGACACUUGUUCAGACAAUUCAGGAAACGGUGAAGAACAACUAUGCCAAGGUCUGCAUCGCUCAGAAAAUCGCCAUCACUCCCGUGAAUGAGGUCAGCGAGUACAAGUGGAUCAAGGACGAGCUCCGUAAGAAGAGUUCUGCCAGGCUGGUCAUUGUCGUGCUGUAUCCCACAGAAAUCACAAAAAUAAUGGACGCCAUUCUACCUGAGCUCACGGCCAAUGACAACUUUUUUUUCCUGGCCAGCAAUUCUUGGGGUAGACGGCAGGCACUAAUUGAAGACAAGACUAAAUUAGAAGGUUCGCUAGUCUUUUCACAAGAAAUUCCUCAAGACCAGUUCUUCGGCUCCUAUUUCAAGUCUCUGGAUCCCACACAAACAGAAAAUAUUUGGCUCCGAUACUUCUGGGAAGCGAGAAAAAACUGUUUUUUCAACAAAAGUUUUGAAAGGAAAGGCAAAACUGGAAUGUGUCCUGACAAUGUAGCCGCUGAUUAUGUCGACGAUCCAAGAGCUUCUCUCCACAUACAAGCCAUGUACGCCCUCGUCAUUGGCGUCAACCAGACUCUGAGUCGCCUCUGUGGACCUGCAGCUCGCUCCAUGUGCGAUGCUGUCCACUCGGAUGAUCUUGUCAAGACACUAAAGACGGUGAAGCUGGACUUGUACAAUACAGGUGAGCGUACACAGGUGUUUGACGACAACGGAGACGGGCUGGUGGGCUUCAAGAUCCUGCAGGUGACGAGGAACAGGACAGUCUCGGACAACACCAUGGUCUACAAAGAAGUGGGUUCAUGGAAGCACGAUACUCUAGUCCUCGAUGAGAAGUCUCUCACACUGCCCAGAGGCCAAACAUUUACGUCUUUCUGUCCAAACCAAGCGGAGUGUGACAUUUGUGCAAAUCAGCCUCUAAUGACAUCAAUUGUCCUGAAAACACUUCAGCCAUCGUGGGACUGAGUGUUAGUCUGGCUGCCGUUUUCAUCAUUCUCGCUGUCAUCGUAAUUUGUUUACUCCGACGCCUCAGACAGACUGCUCGGAGACAAGCAAGUACAACCUACUCGACGGGACAUGGAGCAAAUAACAACAGUUCAAUGAGUGCAGAUUCAAACUCGGCCGACUACAGCACAGUUGAUUCUCCAUAUGAUCCCAAUUCUAAGGAAACUCGCGAGUGUUACCGACAUGCCACCUCCUUGUAAUUUUAGAACACAAGCAACAUAUAUAACAGCGGUAAAUAAUUAAUAAUAAUACUAUUCGUGCCAUCUUCUUUUGUCUUCUGUCUCCAUUUGUGCACUUAUUAAUGUGUUUCUGCGAGUCUCUGAGGGUCUGUGACCUGUUUUUUGUCUGCUUUCCUUCAAGUGUGGACCUGCGUGUUUCAGCAUGGACAUGGGAGCGACACAUUUGCUGGGAUGCUUUAAUACACAAAUUUACACGAGUGAAAAUAACUUAUGAGAUGCGUUAAUAUUAACAGAUUGUAAUGAAUACCAUACUAAGAGACGGUAAUUAAUAUUAAGCUUUGCAUAUGUCUUCAAGCUAAAUAUAUCAGUUAACUAUCGGCACGUAUUUUUGGGAAAAUAAAUAUAUAGGUAAGCCAGUAGCGAUAAUUUCUUCAAACUAAGUAUAUCAGUAAAUUGUAUCAGCAUGUACUUUGAGCUAAAGAUCUCAUUAAACUAUCUGCAUGUAUUUCUUCAGUAUAUAAAUCUCAAUGU